AUGGCUCUGACCCCGCUGUUCCCGGGGCUGAGGCCGGGCUGGCUCCCGGCUCUGACCCCGCUGUUCCCGGGGCCGAGGCCGGGCUGGCUCCCGGCUCUGACCCCGCUGUUCCCGGGGCUGAGGCCGGGCCGGCUCCCGGCUCUGACUCCGAUGUUCCCGGGGCCGGGCUGGCUCCCGGCUCUGACCCUGCCGUUCCCGGGGCCGGGCUGGCUCCCGGCUCUGACCCCGCUGUUCCCGGGGCCGGGCUGGCUCCCGGCUCUGACCCCGCUGUUCCCGGGGCCGGGCCGGCUCCCGGCUCUGACCCCGCCGUUCCCCGCAGGGCAGGCGCUGGCCCUGGCGCUGGUGGCCGCGCUCUGGGGCGGGACGGGCCCGUUCCUGAGGGCCGCAGCCGCGGGCAUGGAGGAGCAGCGGGGCCGGGGCCGCCUGCGGCAGCUGCUGGCGGAGCUGCGAUUCCUCAGCUUCAACUGGCAGUACCUGGUGCCCUUCCUGCUCAACCAGGCUGGAUCUCUGCUCUUCUACCUCACCUUGGCCUCCACAGACCUGUCCCUGGCAGUGCCACUCUGCAACUCCCUGGCUUUGGUUGUGACCUUGGUGACUGGGAAAAUCCUGGGAGAGGACAUUGGGGGCAAAAGAGCUGUGGCAGGAAUGCUGUUCACCAUGCUGGGGGUGUCCCUGUGCCUGGCUGGGGCCUGAGGCAGCAGCAGAACAGCAGAGGAUGACCCAGAGGAGGAUGAUCCACCUGGGAAAGUGUUUUGGGAUGGAUCCCAAACAAAUCCCAAGGAUUGCACUCCCCACUGCAGGGACAGCAGCCAGCCUUGUGCCUUAAGGGGAUUUUGGUGCCUCUUUGAAGGCCACAGUGACCAAACUUGGACAGCACUGAAGGGGGGUAAGAAAGGGUUAAUAAAUUAUCCAGUGUGA